AUGACAACUCCCAAAACCGGGCCCACGACGCCCGGUCUACACCUUCUUUACAUACCAGCCGUGUGCGCGUUGAUCGCCUUCCAGGGCUACUUCUCACAGUACCUCUUCAACACCGACCCCGAUCUCGCGCCGGGGCCUCUUACACGGAGAGAAAACUACACCUUUAACAUCCUGCUAGCGUGCCUUUGGUUCACCUACUACCGUGCCUGCACCGUCGACCCCGGCCGCUACGUUUCGUCCCCAACAUCCUCCCUUUCUUCCUCCACAGCCGACCCUGAUCUUCGCCCAACCUCGACCUCACACUCCCGACUCGACGCCCGUGAACCGACCCGCUGGUGUAAGAAAUGCGUGGCCCCCAAACCCCUCCGGGCACACCACUGCCGGCACUGCGCGCGAUGCAUACCAAAAAUGGACCACCACUGCCCGUGGACGGGUGCCUGCGUGUCGAUGCAGACGUUCCCCUAUUUCCUCCGAUUUUUGGUUUACACCAACCUUUCGCUGUGGUACCUGGCGUCCCUCAUCUGGCAGCGCGCUGCCGCAAUAUGGGCGGACCGCCAUCUUCCCGCCUACUUGGGCCCGUCGCUGGGCAGUCUGAUUGGCUUGGCAGUGCUUGCGUUGGCGAACUUUGGAACGUCCUUUGCACUAGGGAUACUAUUGUACACAACGGUCAAGGGGUGGGUGUUCAAUAGCACGAUGAUCGAGGACUGGGAGAUGGAGCGACACGAGGCGUUGCUGGGACGGAUGCGGGAUGAAGACGAGGGUGCUGGGGAGUUCUGGGGCGACGAUGGCACCGCAAUGCGCGAGAUGCUCGCCCGGAUCGAGUACCCGUACGACCUCGGCUUUUUUGCCAACAUGGCCCAGGCAAUGGGCACACGAAACCCACUGCAAUGGUUCCUACCCAUAUUCGGGGGCGGCCCGGUGAUCGACAAUACGACGCCUGGCAAAGGGGUCGGGUGGGAGUGGGAGGAGAACGGAUUUAAUGACCUACCUGGACUGUGGCCACCACCGGAUCCAGAGAAGACGAGACAGGCUAAGCGGGGUGGUUGGCCAGGGUCGACAGCUCAGCAGCAGCAGCAGGAUCAGGGGGUUGAUGCUUAUCAACCAUACCAGACACAGGAAGAAAUCAAAGCGGCGUUUGCGAGGCGGCAAGAGGAGGACUUGAUUAGACGACAACAAGCCCAGCUAAGACAGGCCCAGCAACGCUCUGGAAUUAUCACUGAAUUAGAGGAGCUGGAUGGCGAGGAUAACGAUGACGACGACGAGGGCUACCAGGUGGUUGGCAAACCACUGUGGACUAACUCGGACGGUGACCGCCUGUGGGACUACGGGGUUGAUGAAGAUGUCGAAGAAACCAUACCAGCCCGAGCGGAUGACGAGGAUGUGCCUCUGGCUGAGCUGAUGCGACGAAGGAAGGUUCUGACUAGAGAGGAUGAACGCUGA